AGCUAAACUGCGUCGAAAAGUCUGGUCCUUUUUCUUCAGAUGACUCUGCAGACCAUUCCAUUGUUCUACAUCUAUAUUGCUGCAAGAUAUUGACAGCCGUCCCACCGUCACAUAUUCACCACGUACAGCAGCAAGCACUGACUGCCUCUUCCACCCGCAUAUUCCAACAUUGCCCUUCUUUUGAUAUAAGACUCUCUGUCUUAUUACUCGAAAAUGUCUGCCAGUUGCAGUUUACCCCGGUUUCCAAGCCAUUUUAUGGCCCCUUUGCCAGUCUGUUUGGAUUCGCCGCCAUCAUCAACACAGUACAUCCCCCACACUUCGACGGUGAGCACGAGGGAUAGCCGUCAAACCUCCACUUCGAAGCGCAGGAGCCGCAAAACUGAAACCUCUUCUUCACCCUCCUCGGCAAGCACCGAAAAUCGAGUUAGCAAGGCUAAGAAAGGGAAGCGAGUCCAUGCAUGUGAAUACCCGGGAUGUACAAAGAUUUUUACGCGUGCUGAGCAUAGAAGAAGACAUGAAUUGAGUCACAAAAGCAUGAAAUCCCACACCUGCUCAUAUAUUGGCUGCCACAAGUCAUUCCACCGUGCGGAUUAUCUAGCUCAGCACAUGGCACGACAUGGUGGUGACUUCAUCUCACCGAGGAAAAGGCAUACCUCUUUGAUCAAGACUGAGCCCGCAGCAUAUUCCCUAACCAAUCCUUCUAUCUCACGGUCUCAUUCCGCAUCGCCGAUCGGAAAUGAUUUCCAGUCUUUAAAGAGUGGUGUCAAUGAGCCAAUGGGACUGUCCAUAGGUCCUUGCUUGCAGUGCUUUAAUUGUCAGAGUAAUCAGCAAUGUGAAGGCCAGGGUGCCUACUUCAGCGAUUACACAACUGCGAUGGACCAAAGCCGCGUCUCCCCUGUCCCUAGUUCCUCAGGGCUUAUUGCAAAUAAUGCCCCGAAUACGCCAUUCCCCCAAGCAGGAUUUGACUCGGUCAUUGAAACCUAUAUGAGAAACAUGCUGCGUCCUGAGGCAUUCAUCACUCCUCAACAAUCCCUAUCUCCACCUGCGCAACUUCAAGAGCCGGUGAAUGCCACUUUCUGGGAUCCUAAUAUUGACCCCAAUCUUCCUCCGCUGAACCCUGCUGUUUUCGAGAACGAUACUACUUAUUCUACCUGGCCAUCAAGCAAUGUUGAUACCACGCCUAGCAUUACAACGCAUCGACACGAGGGCUAGCCAGCUCAAGAUGCUGAUUCAUAACCCCGAAAUCGUGUCCAAUAUUUUCAACUUGAGCUUAGCGUUUGUAAUUGUAAAUCUUGUGAACGUUAAACAGUAUAUAACAG